AUGGAGACCUUUCGCUACGCUCAUUUUCCCCUCGACUCCUCCGUCGUCCACGUCGCCCUCUUCACCAAUGUCUCCAAUGCCGCUCAGCUACGCUCACGCAUCGUUCGGGCUAGCACCAUGGUUGGUCCCGAGGGCGACUCCGAACGCGAAGCCGUCAACUAUGCCUUCAUCGAUGCUCGGCUAAUAUGCAGCGUUCUCCACUUGCAGACGGCCAUUGUGCAAGCUAUCUUAGCUCAUGCAGAGGGGAUAUUGCGCACAAAGACUAUCCAUUCCGAGAUUCUCUGGGCUCUUAGUCCCAAUAACAAUAUUACAGAGGCUAUCAAGCGGUUUGGUGUGUCGGACAAUAUGACUGCACUCAUGGUUGUCCGGAUAGCGUCCCCUGGCCUCGAUCAUGUUCUGGAGGGUAUGCAAGCCAUUGUCUCUGGAACUCUUUCGCCCAUUCAUAAACUUGGUGAUGUGACUGAUUGGGCUGGCAUCCGGAAGUUAUCUAUCGACCUGAAGUAUUAUAAGCUCAACAAUGAUCCUGCGUUGAAAGUCCGUUCCAACGGAGAUGCGGAACGGGAGCAUGCAAUCAUCAAUGAGAUUGUUACAUCCACGGGAGCGAGAGACAGGUCAGCUGUGGGUGUUUUCACUCCAAAAACCGCCGCUGUAUUCGUAGCGACCGCGGUUGGACUCUACUUCUACUUCAGAUACGAAAAGCAGAAGCUAUUGGAGCAGCGCCAAAAGGAACUAGACGACAAACAAGUCGGCCGGCCUAAUGUCGGCGGCGCUUUCUCUUUGACGACACAUGAGAACAAGCCAUUCACUGAACAGGACCUUCGCGGUAAAUGGAAUCUUGUGUAUUUCGGAUUUACGAACUGCCCAGAUAUUUGCCCCGAGGAGCUGGACAAGAUGAGCGCAGCAGUGCAUGAACUGGAUAAACAGUACGGUCCUAUCGUACAGCCCAUCUUCAUUUCCGUGGACCCUGCCCGAGACUCAAUAAAACAAGUCGCGCGCUAUGUGUCAGAAUUCCAUCCGAGGCUCGUCGGUCUGACAGGUGAUUAUGCAAGUGUGAAGGCGACAUGCAAGGCGUACCGGGUAUACUUUUCCACGCCGCCGGAUGCGCGAGCGGAUGACGAUUAUCUUGUGGACCACUCGAUAUUCUUCUACUUUAUGGACCCAAAUGGCAAGUUUGUGGACGCGUUCGGGAAGGCGACAACUUGCGAGGAAGUCAUUGCGCGGGUGCAGAAGGAAAUUACACAGUGGGAGGAGAGCACAGGGAAGAGGGUUUAG